CAUGGCUCUCCCCGCAACUUCCUCGCUGACAUGCGCGCCCCAUUACCCCGGAAAAAGUUGGAACCCAGGAGCUGCUGACAAAUCCUAUCGGAUGCAAGCCGCCUCGUCCGACGCCCCAGCCGAGUCCUCACGGCGCAGCUACACAUUGCUCGGCGAGCACGUGCUGAUCCCAGCCAUCUCCAAGAACAACACGACCGGCUACAAGUGCGUGUCCUACCACAGUGGCAAAAACAAGUUCCAGGCGAGGGUGCAGACUGGCAGCAAGUUUGUCCACCUCGGCUACUUUGGCACCGCCAAAGAGGCGGCUACCGCCUACGCUCGCUCAGAGUACGGCCGCGCCGACGCCGCCAAGCUGCUGCAGCCUCGCGCGGCUCCCACUGCGGCUGGCGCUGAGGCGAUACGACAGGCGGCGAGGGAGGGCCUCACCCUCACCGCCAGCAGCAACAGCACUGGCUACAAAGGCGUCUGCUACCGCCCGAAGGAGCGAGGCAGCAAGAAGUACGAGCUGAAGGUGAGGGUGGGAGACAAGAUGGCCUUCCUCGGCUGCUUUGCCACCGCCGAGGAGGCGGCGCUCUUCUUCGCCCGCAGGGAGGCGGGCAGGGACACCAGCGACCACGCUGCACUGCCUCCACCGCCGCCACCGCCUGCGCCUUCUACUGCUGCUGGCACAGAGGCAAUCCAGCAGGCGGGGGGUGAGGUCGGAGAUUGAGGUGGAGGCGGCUGCCGCAGUUGCGGGCGUGUCCGUGGCUGCAGCUGCAGCUGAGCAGGCCCCUCAGUGCGUCAUUUGCUUCGACGACCUCAGCUCGCACCCGGAGGCGCGUCUGCAGUGCCGCGACCUGAACAGCUGGGGCGCCACGCGCUGCUGCAAGAGCCCCUUCCACUACCGCUGCCUGCACACAUGGCUCAACGACGAUAGCGAGGUCAAGACGAGCUGCGAAAUGGAGCCGAUCAACACGGCCUGCCCGGUCUGGGGGCGAGGCUCUCUGUCGAAGUAGCGUCGCGUAUGCUUCGUUAGCGAGAGCGACUCCCUUGGAGCUGGGAUUUUUUUGAGAGCGCCGUCCGUUGUUAACCCCUAAACGGCCUUGU